AUGCCUGAGGCAACCAUAAAAGAACUCCAAGACAAAAUCAACGCCUUGAGCGGGAUCGUUGAAAAGCAGUCGGUGCUUAUCUCCAAGACGGGGCAGCAGUUGAUCGAAAUGCAGGUCAAAAAUGUCAAGCGUAGCAUGAAAGAUACGGGCUCGUCUACGCCCGCUGCCAAUGUUGACAUGUCUGACUACGUGACAAACGAAGAUAUCGUGCAGUUGGUGGGUGAACUACAGUCGCAGUUGGACUUGGUAGAGGACCGAUCCAUCAGCCGAUUGUUCAAUGCGAGCUUGGAUAAAGACAGCCAGUUGAUCCAUAUCAUUCCUAAUAGAGAUGGGGAAAUCACCGAUUUGUUCCCCCAGACGUUGGCAGAUUUCCGUGCAUUGGACAAAAGUGACGUGAUCCAGUUGUGUGAGUUCUACGAGUUGAUUACGCCUGGUGCCGAAAACUUGGACAAGUUGCUCAGUGAUACGACGCUGGAGACAGUUGCUCAGGCUCACCAGGUAUUGGACAGUGGGGCGGAGGCGAAGUUGAAGGCGAGUGACGAGGAAGUGAAGGGGAUGAAGAAGGAGUUGGCCCGGUACUUUGGGUUGGUGAAGUAUGAGGAGAGUAGCUGA